GCGAGCCAACCAACUUCAACAACCUCAACAUCCAUAGACAUUCCUCUGUCCACUACCUUAGUUACUUCUUCAAAAAAAUCUGUGACACACCUGUUAUGAAUCAUGCUGGCUCUCCCUAAUUAACUGAAGAUUUUCGAGGUGUUCAGUUACCCCAUCCUUGAUUAUACACUCCAACAAUUACCCACCACAGAUGUUAGGCUAACUGGUCUGUAAUUCCCUGGUUUUCCUCUUUUGCCCUUCUUUAAAAGCAGAGUGAGACGUGCAAUUUGCAAUCGAGAGGGACAUUUCCUGUAUCUAGGGAACUCUGUAAGAUUGUGGUUGGGAUGUCUACGAUGUGCUCCCCUAAUUCCUUUAACACCCUCGAAUGGAAACUGUCAUUCCUCAUUACUGACAUUUUACUUACAAUAGUUUUAUUCAGUUCCUGUUCACAGUAAACCAAUAAUUUCCUCGGGACUUUUGGUAAGCUAGCCUCCCUUCCUACUGAGGCAGAGUAAUUAUUGAGCAUGUCUGCCAUUUCCCCGUAGUCAUUGACAAUAUUCCCACUUUCAGUCUUUAGUGCACCAACAUUGUUUCUGACCCUUUAUGUGACCAAAAUUUCUUCUAAUUGAUUUUGAAGUCCCUGAGGCCAUGGUUGAGCAUGGUAAUCUUGUUAAUAGCUGGUGGCCUCUUCAUGUUUACGUACAAGUCAACCCAAUUUAACAUGAAAGGGUUUAUACUAGUAUUAGUUGCAUCUUUCCUUGGAGGGAUACGAUGGACACUGACACAGAUCCUUACCCAGAAGGCAGACCUAGGUUUACAGAAUCCCAUUGACACCAUGUAUCAUCUCCAGCCGCUGAUGUUCAUAGGCCUUUUCCCAUUGUUUCUAAUCAAUGAAGGACUAAGCCUGUCUGCCUCGGAGAAACUGUUUCGUUACCACGAGACAUCAACUUUGCUGCAUAUGAUGUUUGUGUUGGCUGCAGGGGGCUUUCUGGCAUUUGGAUUGUGUUUCUCUGAAUUUUUAUUGGUUUCGAAAACCUCCAGCUUGACCCUAUCUGUAGCAGGCAUUUUUAAGGAAGUGUGCACUCUAGUCCUUGCCAGCCAUGUGAUGGGUGAUCAGCUGAGCAUGUUAAACUGGUUGGGAUUUGCAAUGUGUCUCUCUGGAAUCUCACUCCAUGUUGCACUUAAGGUCGUUUAUUCAGAAGAUGCCUCGAAAGACAAAAUGACAAAUAAAAUCAAUGAUAUGACGAUGACAGAUACUGGUAUGGAACUACUACUCAGGAAUGGACAAGCAAAUGAGGACAGUGAAGAAGAGUGUGUCAUAUAUCAAUGACUCAUUGUGUCUACUCUGUAUGGAAUCCCAUGGUUCUGCUUCACAUGACUCACAUUUGCUAUGCAAAGGUGUGCCUGUAUUAUGCUUUAAACCUUGUGUCUAUGUAUUCCAGUCCGUGAUCGGAAUUAGUUAGAUUGGCACCUAUUGCUUUAAGAAUGGAGUCCUUCUGACCAAGUGUAAGGAUUAAGAUAUCAUCGAAGCAUUGGAUAUGUUUCCAUACUAUUAGCAGGAGUUGUGAAAUUUAUCUAUGACGGUUUGAACUGUGGUUCAAAAAAACACACUAACUGGCUCACAACUGGAUAUGGACCCUCCAAAUACAGUUUGUUAUUGGAGAAAAUAUUUUAAGCAACCCUGGAAGAAAAUACUGUUGGUUACGCAAUACUGGGAGCAUUUUGAAGUGCUAAAUCAAGGGUUCUGUGCAAGAUGUUUGGGCAGCACUGAAAAGUAUUGCCCCCAAAUUAUUUUUCUUCUGUAGUCUGUUGAUACCAGUGUUCUCAAUACAUUUGGUAGCAAUGCUGAUUUUAAUUGAAAUGUACAUACCUGCAGGAAAAUAGCAAAAGCCACUGUGAUUGAUUUGUACAGAGAAGAAAUUGUAUUGCUAUUAAAAAAAAAAUCUGUUCUUAA